AUGAGCAUUCCUGAUUAUGGUGGAUCACUACCCAAAAAGUAUCGGGGUGAUUCAGUCGGAACUAUAUCAGAAUUAGGGAUUAAGAAGUUGGUUAGAGUGGUUAUCCUUGGUCCGAGUUUCUCAGGCAAGAACAACCUUGUUUUUCAUAUUCUCAAGCAUUCUCCUCACGUAUUUGCACAUCUCCAGAUCAUCGCACGCAAUCCGCAUCAAGGGCUACGUACUCCGGGGGAUAAACCAGAGCUUGUCAUCAUCGACGACUAUAGCAAUGAUAAGGGGCUCCAGAAGAAUGUGUUUAGCCAUUACUUCACUCGAGGUAGACAUGGUCAAAUGCUAUUUUUCGAUAGCGUUAAAGGACAGAUGCGCUAUAACUUUGAUACGGUCAUAUAUAUCGAAGGCGAAAACAAUUAA